AUGUCGAGUAAACUAUCCGUCAGUUGCAACCAGAGCAUCUCUUCCGCACAUGUUACGUUGGACCGAAUUUUCCACAAUGGAUUACUUGAUGUUGCUUGCGACAAACUGCUGGAGUAUCACUGUCACAGUUCUAAUAAACAAACAUUGCAUUUAGACUCAUCCGCUCGAGCAUUCCUUCUGGAUUAUACCAUAGAUAUUGUAAAGAAUUUAUGCGAACCAUCCGCACCACAGUCUGUCAGUGAUGUGUGCGACCGUCUGGACUAUAGUUUCCCUUGUAAAUUGAGACCUCCGGAUUUGGUGAUCGAAGAUCUCCGGUCGUUGGUGGAACGAGGCAAAAAGAAGACGCUCUAUCUUCCUAAUGACAAAGUGAUCUCGUGUAUAAGAUGGGCCGUUAACUUUGAAGCUAAGCUACAGUCUGGAGUGAUCGCUUUCACAGAUAUUCAGGCUUGUACAACCGGUAUUUGUCCACCAUCCAGUUUAACGUUUGUUCUCAUAUCACUUAUGUUUAUAUUCCGCUAUCCGACUCGUGUCGCGUGA